ACAGAGCCUGACAUGGGGCUUGAACUCAUGAACCAUGAGAUCAUGACCUGAGCUGAAGUUGGACGCUUAACCAACUGAGCCACCCAGGUGUCCCUACAGUCGUUAUUUUAGACUCUUACUCUAUAGGGUAGAGUACAACAUCCAUCUUGAUAUUUCUUUACUAUCUUUUAGCAUCUCUUCUUGCUGUUAAGGAACUAGCUGAUUGUUAUUCCUUUGUAGGUAAUUUGUGUUUUAUUCUAGUGGCUCUAGAAUUUUACUUUUUAUCCCUGAUGUUCUGCAGUGUCACUGAAACAUCAGUUUAUCUUUAUUUGUCCUGGUGAGUACUUGGGUUACACUUCCCAUCAGAGGAUUCUUGCCUUUUUUUUUUUCAAUUCUAGAAAAGUCUCAGUUAUCUUUAUAUAUUACCAUCCUGCCAUUCUUUUGGAACUCCUCUCAGUCCAUCCAACACACCUGCUACUUGUUCUUUUAUUAAAAAAUUAUUUUCUUUAUUUUCCUACAUUGCACACUGGGUGAAUUCCUCACUAUUUUCUAAUAUACUAAUUCUUUUUUUUAAACUUUUUUUUAACGUUUAUUUAUUUUUGGGACAGAAAGAGACAGAGCAUGAAUGGGGGAGGGGCAGAGAGAGAGGGAGACACAGAAUCGGAAGCAGGCUCCAGGCUCUGAGCCAUCAGCCCAGAGCCCAACGCGGGGCUCCAAUUCACGGACCGCGAGAUCGUGACCUGAGCUGAAGUCGGACGCUUAACUGACUGAGCCACCCAGGCGCCCCUAAUUUACUAAUUCUUUAACUGUAUUCAGUCUUGAUUAUAUAUUAUUUGUUAAGAUUUCAAAUUUUGAUGCCUAUGUUUUUCAUUUCCAAGUUUUCUAAUUGGUUCUUUUCAUAUCUACCUAUAAAUUAUUUCAUUCUGUCUUUAUUUGUUCUUUUAAGAUGGAAAUUAUUUCUUCACUUUUUUAGCACCCUAAGCACAUUCAUUUGAUGAUAAUGAGGAGGAGGAGGUGGAGGAGAAGAGGAUGGUGACAAUGAUUAUCAUUAUUAUUAUUUUAUUAAAGUCUUUGAGAGACUGUUUUACAAAAUUAAUCUCCUCUGAAGUAAUUUCCUGUUCCAAUUGUUGAUUUUGUUAUGUUGUCUAUCUUUUGUAGCAUUAGAUUUCUACAUGUCUUUGGGAACUUGAGUUUAUUUAUUUUAAGUAGCACCUCUCUAUUUCUCUUCCUUUCCCUCUUUCUCUCCUGUGUAAAACACUUCCUUUCUAGUUGCUUUUUGUGACUGUCUCAUUUGCACCCCUACUCCUGAUCUAAUAUCCAGAACCUGGUCUUAAAAUGACAAUAAGUGGCUCUUCUCCUGUAGAGAUAUGGGGAUGUUGUGGAUUCAGGUAGAGUGCCAACAGUUUCUAAUUGAGAAUAAUAAUCAAUAUUUACUGAGUUAAUACUAUAUGCCAGGCACUAUUCUACAUAUAUUAUUUCAUACAAUUGUUCCUAACAGUUCUAUGAGUUAGAUACUACUACUACUAUUGCUACGACUACUAUGACUAUUACUUCUACUAUCACUACCACAAUGAUGACCAUUUUAUAAAUUUUUUUUUCAACGUUUAUUUAUUUUUUGGGGGACAGAGAGAGACAGAGCAUGAACAGGGGAGGGGCAGAGAGAGAGGGAGACACAGAAUCAGAAGCAGGCUCCAGGCUCUGAGCCAUCAGCCCAGAGCCCGACGUGGGGCUCGAACUCACGGACCGCGAGAUCGUGACCUGGCUGAAGUCGGACGCUUAACCGACUGCGCCACCCAGGCGCCCCUGUCCAUUUUAAAAUGAGUAAAUUAAGGCAUGUUAAAUAAUGCCUUUAGUGAAGACAAACCAGAACAUUUGAGUAAAUGAAUGAAUGAAUGAAUGAAAGAAUGAAUAAAUAAUCCAUUGUUGCUGGUAGCAGAUAGACUGAACUCAGACCAAAUUAAUUUCCUGGCUUUUUUCCCCUAUCAUUAUUAACCAAAACUAUGGGUAUAUGUCACUGGAAUAUAAGUUUGUAGUUUAUAAUAGUCAAUUUUAUUAAUAUGAAAUUAUUUUAUUUCUAUGAAAUUUUUGUAGUCCUAUAGACAAGUACUCUCCUACUCCAAAUCUCUAUCCAACUCUCACCCAUAGAAAGCACUUUAUAAUGUCAAGGGAAAAGAUGUGAUCCAAAGGGCAGGCUGAAAUGCUGAAAGUGAUACCUAAUAGUACCUAUCUCAUCUUUUUUGACUCUCAUGUUAAUUUUUAUUAUACUUAUUUUACAUAUGAAUAAAUAGAGUCUCCAGGAGUUAAAUAAAUUGCCUAAGGAUAUAUUGCUAGUGGGGGACAGAGUCUGAGUCAGGAGCCAAACUUGUGUCUUCUGAUUCUUAAUUAUUCUUUGCAUGUUUUCAUCAUACCAUGAUACCCACCUGUAAUGAAACACCCACCUAUAGCAAGAGAGAAACAGCAACCCCUCCUCACCAUUUUUAUUUCUUAUAGAGAUGUUUAUAGUUAUGGUAGGUUCUUCAGAGAUCACAGACAGGAACUUGGAUGUCUCAGAAAAGAACAUCAAGGACUUUAUGGAGGCACUCCAAGUUGCUGGUCAGGUGAGGACAUCUCAGACAUCUUCCUGGCUCCAGCCAGCAUAGGACCAUCUUGAUCAAGGUAUUUGGUUGGGCACACACCCAUUGUGCCAGGAGAGUGGGAAAAUUUCCAGUCUGCAGAGCACUACUUGGUCCAGUCCAUUCAUAGCUCCAGGUCUAGUUCCAGUGUUCCUAGUCUGACCCAUAUUCUUCACUCCUCAACCUCUGAUCCAGCUUUAAUCCUCUUUCUAGAUUCACUCCUCCCCUUCCUUUCUUGACCAGGGAUCAUUAUUCUCUUUAUUAUCUUUACCCUUCAACCUUCCUUUCUCCUUGAGUCCCCUCUCUCCUAUAGUUGUCAGCAGAUAAUGUCUUACAAACGCUCAAGUUGCUGAAAGUCAAAAUCCUAAAUAACAAGAUGGCAACUCCACGAUGCCAGAAGGUGACAGAUAUCAUCGUUGACUACAUGAAGACCAUGGUGAGGAGCUGUGCCUCUGGGUUGGGAGCUUUGGGGAAAGAAAGCACCCCAGGUAUGAGCCCAAGAGUUCUUUCUGGUGGAUGAUGACUCUUGGAAACUAAACUAUGUGAGAACUUGGAUAUGAGUAUCUCAUUUCUAAACAGUUUGCUGGAGUCCAUAUCUUGUACUGUGAGCCUAUCUCAAGAACUGUGACAUAGACAGGACUGGAAGAUACAGUAGUGAAGUGAAGUGGUGAGGCAGGAGGAGUGAAAUGGAAAGGGGGAAGGAUUUGGGCUGUUGGUCUCAGAGUCUGACCUGGUUUUCAGACUGUGUCCUGGGAUUCCUUAGGUGGUCACCUUUGUUAUUACAACUCAACUAAGCAUCUCAAUCUAUUUACUAAUUUAUUUAAACCCACAUAUCUGUAUGCUAGCCCACCUUUAGACUGAACAUUCAUGAUAUUUACUUAUCCAUCUAUUCACAUACUUUGUACUUACUUCCCUGACAUUGGGUUAAUCUGGUUCCUUAUUUUCUUUGUUAACUACCUACCUAUGGGGUAUCUUCCUUCCAGUUUGCCUGCCUUCUUUGGCAGGCCUGUCUUCUGAUCAAGACCACUGACCUUCCAGGGACUUCCAAAGUUGCUUCUGUAAUCUACCCACUUUCCUGAUGAUUCACUUGCUGCUGCAGUGAAACCUCUGUGCUUUGGAAACUUUAAUCCCCACUCCCACCCCAAUACACAGAUUGUGCGGAUUUCUUGUCUUCCUGUUCUUUGCACACUUUAGGAAGCUCUUGCCCUUCAUCACUGGGAAGGUGUCUAUUGGAUGGGUGGUAGAAGCCAGAGGGAGAACUGGAGGAGUUGUGCACUGAAGUCCUAUUGGCUCUGGGGUUCCAGUCUCCAGGAAUAGUCAUCUUCAAGCUGUGGGACAGAUGGCAUUUGAACAACCUGCCCCCAAACGGUCUCCUGGUUGCAGUGGGGAGACUCAUCUUCUGCCAGGGUGCAGACCCCUACAUUGGUGUCACAUGGGAAUAUAUCCUGCACCUUCUGAGGAUGGCCCAAAAGGAGGAUGACAUGUUGGCAGUAUGUCAUGGUGACAGAGGAAGCUCUGGUGAUAAUUGGCCAUCUCUUCUUCCUCAUUCCACCAUCCAAACUCAAGAAUCAAGUGAACCGUUUAACCCGAUGGUUAAUGACUUUGAUGUCUGCAAAAGUGGCACCUUUCUACAUUUCCCAGUGUAUCUUCCAACUUAUAGAUGCUCUGGCUCUUAGUGGCUGUGGAGGUAUAAACUUGGAAUCCCAGCUGGGAAAUAUUAUAGACAUGCUGUUCAAACAGCUGAGUGAAACAGUUGAGGACUCAAAUCAUCACUCUGUACAGAACCACAGCCUUGCCCUGAAGGCCUUCUAUAUCCUGACCAAGUUAUAUAAUGAUCGGGUGGUAACCUUAAUACGAGAGAACGUGGAAUCCAAGGAUCCAGCCAAGAUAAUAUCAACCAUUCAAAUUUUCACAGAUGUGCUCCAGAAAGUGCCCCAGACAGAGAAACUGAAGAAUGAGGUGAUGCAUUCAGUCAUAAUCAUGAUUCAGGAGGAUCUCAAACCAGUGCGAAGGGCCCUCCUGAACUUCAUCGAGAUGCUGAUCCAGCAUGACUACUUGGCCCCGCACCAGGGGAGCAUCAUCAUCAACUAUGUCAUCAAGCUCAGCGAGUCUGACUGCUCAAAUGAAGAGGACAUCCAACUAACGUGUUCCAAAAUCCUACAGAUGGUAACCUUGCCCAAACUGAUCACCUUGGUAUGCCAGCCCAGCAACACCUUGGCCUUCGUGCCCCUGAGUAAGAUGGCCACGAAAAUGGCUCUGAGGGCCCGUUCCCUGGGCCAGGUUCCCUACCUCAGCAGCUUUCACCUCAGGCCUACCCAGUUCAUCUCCCCACAGAAACUCCUGACCCAUCUUGUGAUGUUUUCCCUGAAGCCCUAUAGAGAAGGGGAGUUUGGUGUAAGCUCUCUAAGGCUACUAUAUGCCCUGCAUCCUAUCACCUCCCUGCACCCCGUUAUCAACUCGAAUGUGGGCCAGCUGUGGAUGACGGAGAUCCCACAGAUGUUGCAGAUGCUGGAUGAUCACACUGAGAAGAGCCUGAAUCAGGAGGAGUGGGAAGGCAGGCUGCUCCAGUUUUCAAGUCAGUCAUUAUUGGCUAUCGAUGAUGACAGCUGGCUGGAGCAACUCAUUAAGGUUGUCUUGGAGAGGAUAAAUUAUUUCAGCGAUGAUGAUGAGGAGGAGAAGGCUUUUCUAUAUAAAUUCUUUGGCUUCACCCUGCGGACCUCGAGGAAUAUAAAAAUGGUGCAGAUGAUGCUCUCCGCCAUCCUACAAACUGUCCAUGAAGAGCUGCAGGAGAGGGAGGGCAUUGCUGUGGCACUCAGUAUCGUGUCCAUGAAACAUCUGAAGGUAACCCUGGACCAACUGCAAGCAUAUAGUGCUAUACUCACUGACAAGAACUCAUCAUCCAUCCUCAAACUGAUGAAGGAACAUCAGCAAAGGGAAUGGGGGCUGGUCUGUAACAUCAUCUACUUAAGCUAUAGCAAGAUUAUUUCGGAGAGCAAGGGAGCCAUCUUCAUGCAUUUAGAUGACAUCCUGGCCAUGGUCCUGCAACACUACCGCAACUGUAUUGUAGAAAAGGAUAAGAACCUGAAGCUGGAGUACCUGGAUGCCCUGACCAAGCUAAUAAACAUCUUGAGCAGCCAGCCCAUGGCCUUUCAGUUCAAGUUCCCUCAGAAAAUAGAAAUUGUAACCUUUAUGAUGGAGUUAAUCAGGGAGGAGCCAAUGAAUUCCAUCUCCAGUUCCAUUAGGCAGAGGGCAAUGAACUUCAUCACUAACUUCAGGAAGCUCCAUCCCCUCACAGAGGUGGAAGAAAGAACAGAGCUACUCCAAACGUGUUUUCAGAGUGUGCUAUGCCUGCCAUCCACAGAGGAUUUGCAGAAGGAGGCAUCCAGUUCCCAGGAAGCCCAGGCCACUGAAGAUUUGCUCAUGGAGACCCUUCAAUCCCUCCUAAGGCUAAUGGAGACACUUAUUGUUGAGAUGCCUUCUCAGAUCCAGUACUGUUUGGAGCAUCUGAACAUAUGGCUGAAUUCCCAGAACGACAAUGAGAGGGAACGGGCCACGUGGUGUGCUGCCCGUAUUCUUGGCUUCACUGCAAAAUGGAACAACUUUGGAGUGGAGAUCAAGUUCUCUCGGUUGGGGUGCUUGGUAAGGCUGCUGGCCAUGCGCUGCCAGGACCCAGUGGACAACAUCUGCUUCCUGUCUUCACAGGCAGUCUACAACCUCUACCGUAUCCUCCUGCUGCAAAAGCAGAUGCAAAGGAAAAAACAGGGCUUAUGGGAAGAAGAGGGCAAGAGUGAAGUCUAUAGUGCCAACGUGUUCUAUAACAACACCUUUGAGAUUGCCAAGGCAUUUGCAGAGUACUUCACCGAGAUGCAGCUCACCCACCUGGUGCUGACGGCCAUGGAGGGUCUGACUGACAGCAAGGCCACUGUGUCUCUGGCAGCAGCCCAGCUGAUGAGUGCUGUUAUGAAAGAACGGGGCAGAGAUAUGAUAAAGAUUGAAGAAAUUGUGGAGGGGAUUGUGGGACGGCUCAACUUACAGCUGGAGCCCAACACGAAGGAGGAGACAAUGCGGGCCAUGUGCUUGCUGGCUGGCAACAACACCCACAGGGUUGUGCCCAUGCUGCUCAACAAGACCCUGCCUUGGGACAGAACCAACCUGGCCCUUUGGAAGGCAUUUGGCACCCGGCGAGAGACCACAAUCAGCGUCCUGCAGCUGCUCAUAGGCAUCCUGGAAAAGCUCCACUCCAGAGAGGAAUCUAGGGAGAUGGCCUUCCAGCCUGUGGCGGUGACAUGUGCUUUGUGUGAGAUGCUGUCAGGGUCCCUGUGCCAGGAGGCUGUCCAGGAGCUCUACCCCCGGCUGUUGCUGGCUAUACUGCAUCAUCUCUACUGGGUGAUUGAACAAAAUGUCCCCCAGAAGAUGGUGGUCUACAACAGGGAGGAGGGCCCAGGCCGCAAAAGCAAGCCCUUUGAUCCUACUAGUUGUGCCUUGGAGGUAGUGAAGCUGGUGUUCGUGGCAGCUGCAUAUGAAGGAGUGGUGGUCUAUGCAAAUCAGCAUCACUGCUGGGACCUUCUGUCCAGCCCAGAGUUUUACUACAUAGGGAUCAUGGACCUGACAAGUGGCAUUGUGAAGAACUGUGAACCUGCCAUCCUGCAUCGAAUCCUCAACCUCAUCAGGAACAUCCUCUAUAGCUCCAACUAUCACAGGAGGAUUCUGGCCAGGACUUUCUAUGCACAGCUGCUCUGGCACCGAUCAGUGGCUCAGACUGUGGGGCAAGACUUUUUGGGCAAUCUAAUCAAGUGGACCAACGAGCCCAACAUCAUUAUGAAAGAAGUUGGGCUCCGUGGAAUCAGUAACCUCGCAUUGCACCCAGGACAAUCAGAAUCUCUGAAGAGCCAGGUUCCAUUCUUGCGAGACUUCCUGAAGAAUGAGGCACGAGUGACAAUGCAGGCAGUAAAGAGCCUACGGAACAUCAUCUGCUUUGGGAAGCAACAGAACACCAAGGUGGUAUUUUGCAGCAUCUCCAAGCAGCUGCGUCCACUCAUCAAUGAUGAGAGGGACCUGGUGAAGAUCUCGGCCACCUCUGCCCUGGGCCACAUGCUGCAUCGAGUUCACAAAUUCAAGCCGGGAGCCAUCACCCGAAGAGAGAUCUACAGUUUUCUAGUCCCGCUGCUACUUAGCAUUCAGGAUAAUAACACCGAGGUAGUCAAGGCCUGUGGAGGGGCCCUGACUGAGUGGACUAAGGUGAUUGGCUGGUCAUCACUCACACAGACAUUCCAGCACACCACCCUCAGUGAUCAUAUCCAGGUAUUGGAAGAAACGUGCAAGUACCUGGUGGGCACAAAAAACAUACAGCUUGUGGGGGAGUUUCUGUCCCAGAGCUUCGACUUCCUGACGAGCCCUCAGUCCUUCCUACGGGAAGCUGCCAUCAACUUCAUAGGAUUAACAAUUAAGAGGUUAACCAUGAAACGAAUUCACGAGGAUGAUGUGGAGCUGUUACAGAAUGCUAUUGGAAGUCUGAGGAAUGAUCCUGUGGAAUCUAUCCAGUCUUUGGUCACUACUACCCUGAAAAACCUUGAUGAAUAUCUUAAUCCCGAGUCUAUGUCUGCUUCCAGGAUGAGCCAGCUGAGCAAUAACAUCUUCAAAGUCACUGGCAUGAAAACCUCAGAGAGAAAGAAGCGGCUGUUUAAGACUGUCAAACAGGAAAGAGAUGAUGAUGACAAUCAGAAAAAGAAUAUCUGGAAUUGGCUUCGAGGCCCUCUAAAUUCCUUGUGCAACUGGCACAAUAGGAGGGUGAAAACUACUCCACUCAUAAUAGGCAAUUCAGAUAAAUAAUCAAUAUGGUCACAGGUCCCAACAUCUGAAAGUCCACCUACAGAAGCUGGGCCUGCCCCUAAAUAAGUUGCACCUAAUUGCUCUGGGACUGAAGCCUUUUCCAUUUGUUGUCCAGAUAAGCAGUACUUUGAUUCACAGUAGCUCUCCUACCUUUUUCCAACUGGACGGGCUACCUGGGAUUACACCCAAGGAGGCGGUUUUGAUCCUAGAAGGCACAGUAUGUGUCUCUCCCUAGGGGAUUGUUGGCUAUCAGCAUAUACAUUUGUCAAUACAACUUAUUUUCUCAUCCUAA